AUGGAGCGCUCCCGGGAGGCCGAGGCGGAGCUGAGAGGGGGCCGCAGCCCGCCCAGGGCCAGCCGGAGCCCCGAGGCGGACGGGGACAGGGCGCUGAGCUACAGCUGCUGUAUCUGCGGCAAGACCUUCCCCUUCCAGAGCUCACUGUCCCAGCACAUGCGCAAGCACACGGGCGAGAAGCCCUACAAGUGCCCCUAUUGCGACCACCGCGCCGCGCAGAAGGGCAACCUCAAGAUCCACAUCCGCGGGCACCGCGCAGGCACGCUCACCCAGGGCCGCGAGCCUGAGGCGGCCGAGACGCGCGUGUCCGAGGGGCUUGGCGGCUGCACCAGCCCCACCAAGAGCACGUCGGCCUGCAACCGCAUCCUGAACGGCGCCACGCAGGCGGACACCGGCAAGAUCCUGCUGCGCAGCACGCGGAAGGAGGCGGAGGGUGCGGCGGCGGGGCAGUGCGCCUUCUGCAAGAGCAGGUUCGAGCGCAAGAAGGACCUGGCGCAGCACGUGCAGCAGGCGCACAAGCCCUUCACGUGCCGCCUGUGCAGCUACGCCACCCUGCGUGAGGAGGCCCUGCUCAGUCACGUCGAGAAGGAUCACAUCGCGGCGCAGGGGCCUCGCGGAGACGCCUUCGCCGAAAACGGCAAGCCAGAGCUGCCGCCCGGCGAGUUCCCCUGCGAGGUGUGCGGCCAGGCCUUCAGCCAGACCUGGUUCCUGAAGGCGCACAUGAAGAAGCACAGGGGCUCCUUCGACCACGGCUGCCACAUCUGCGGCCGGAGAUUCAAGGAGCCGUGGUUCCUGAAAAACCACAUGAAGGCGCAUGGCCCGAAGGCGGGGAGCAAAAACAGGCCCCGGAGCGAGCUGGAGCCCGUGGCCACCAUCAACGACGUGGUGCAGGAAGAGGUGAUCGUGGCCGGCCUGAGCCUCUACGAAGUCUGCACUAAGUGUGGGAACCUGUUUACGAACCUGGACAGCUUGAACGCGCACAACGCCAUCCACCGCCGGGUGGAGGCCGGCCAACCACGGGCCGCCGUUGGGGAGGGCUCAGCGACUGGCCCUGCAGAUUCCCAGCAGCUCUUCCUUCAGUGCCUGAACCUGCGCCCGGCGGCCGGCACGCCAGCCCGCGGGCAGACUGGGCGGCGCGUGGCCGAGCUGGACCCGGUCAACAGCUACCAGGCCUGGCAGCUGGCCACCCGGGGCAAGGUGGCCGAGCCGGCCGAGUACCUCAAGUACGCGGCGUGGGACGAGGCGCUGGCCGGGGACGUGGCCUUCGACAAGGAGCGACGCGAGUUCAUCCUGGUGAGCCAGGAGAAGCGCAAGCGCGAGCCUGAGCCGGGUGCACAGGGCCCCCCGCGCAAGAGGGUGGGCGCACCCGGGGACCCCGCACCCGGGCCCCCAGAUCCCCGGCCUGCCGCGCGCCCCAGCCGCCGCGCCGCCGUCCCCGCCGGCCACGGCAAGUCGUCCGAGUGCUUCGAGUGCGGCAAGAUCUUCCGCACGUACCACCAGAUGGUGCUGCACUCGCGGGUGCACCGCCGUGCGCGCCGCGACCGAGAGCGGGACGGCCCAGGGGACCGUGCGCCGCGCACCCGCUGCGGCUCCCUCAGCGAGGGCGACUCGGCCUCGCAGCCCAGCAGCCCCGGGUCAGGCUGCGCCGCCGCCGACUCCCCGGGCUCGGGCCUCGCUGAUGAGGCUGCUGAUGAGAGCGGAGAGGAGGCCCCGGCCCAUCCCGUAGCAGGGGCAGAGCCACACCGCUGCUGCUUCCCAGAAGACGUCUCCUUGGCUGCGCUCUCCAACGGAGACCAAAGUCACACACUUGGAAACAGCCCAUCAGGAAGAGUGGCCGGGGAGCUUGGCACGGGGAUCGUGGCCCGCGUGUCCGUGCUUGAAAGCAGCAGCAGGGACGCUCCCAGGAGACCCGAGCCGCCUCGGUGUUCUGUGGACUUGAAGACACCAGCGUGCGGCCCCCAGCAGGAGGGCCCGGGCCACAGGGACGCGGCUGACCUCCCUUCAUGCCCGGCCCAGGCGGCGGGUCUGCAGCCGCCCUCUGAGAGCCAGGCCACCUACCCCCGGGAGAGGCCGCCCGAUUUGCACACCAAGGAGCACCCCACGGCGGGGAAGCGGGCGCCAGCCCCAGACCUGGUCCCACUGGACCUGAGUGAGCGGUCCUCGCGGGACGAUCCUGGCCGCCGGGAGCCGGCCUCCUCGCUGCAGGCGGCGCUGGCCGUGCACCCGUGUCCUUACUGCAGCCAUAAGACCUACUACCCUGAGGUACUCUGGAUGCACAAGCGUGUCUGGCACCGGGUCAGCGGCCAGGCCAUGGCCCCGCAGUGGACUCAGCCCAACGGCUACAAGAGCAUCAGGAGCAACCUGGUGUUCCUGGCCCGGAGCGGACGCACGGGCCCCCCGCCCGCCCUCGGGGGCAAGGAGUGCCAGCCUCUGCCCAUCGCCCGGUUCACCCGCACCCAGGUGCCAGGCGGGGUGCCUGGCCCCAAAGGCAGCCCCUCGCCCCUGGGGGUGCCCACGAAAGCUGCCGGCCUGCCCCGGAGCAAGGAGGGCCACCCCGGGGCACCCUGUGCGCUCUGGACGGCCGGCCCCGACGGGACUCGGCAGACCCGGCCUGGCCCUGGCCUGGAGCAGCCUCCGCCCAGGCCCAAACAGGAGACCAGCCCCAGACCCGGGCCCGCGGGAGGCAGCGGGGGCUUCAGCAGGAGCGCUACCCCGACGCCCACUGUUAUCAUCCGGGCGGGCCCCCAGGCCCCUGCCAGCAGCAGGCAGGGGGCGGGCCUCGGGCCCCCAAAUAAGCACAGUGCCCCAGACCCCCCCAAAGCCAAAUUCAGCCCUCAGCCUCAGGGUCAGCCGCAUGGGAAAGGCGACGGGGGCACCCCUCUACCUCCCCGGGAGCCCCCCUCCAAGGCCGGCUCCAGAGGGCCUGCAGCCCCUCAGGGCCCACCCGCCCCGCACCCCGUCAAGCAGGAGCCGGCGUCCGAGGGCCCCGAGAAGCGCCUGGACCUCCUCAGCAUCUUCAAGACGUACAUCCCGAAGGACCUGGCUUCCCUUUACCAGAGCUGGGGCGCCAGCAGCCCUGUGCUCGAGCGCAGAGGGACGCUCCGGACGCAGGCCCACCAGGGAGACUUCAUCUGUGUGGAGUGUGGGAAGAGCUUCCACCAGCCCAGCCACCUGCGGGCGCACGUGCGGGCUCACACAGUGCUGUUCGAGUCUAACGGCCUCCGAGGUGCUGACGCCCACACCACCUCCGCAGACGCCCCCAAACAAGGGAGAGACCAUUCUAACGCAGAUGCAGUCCAAACAGUGCCUCUCAGAAAGGGAACCUAGAGAUACACUUGGUCCGUUCCGGUGCCGUGACCUCCUCCGCAGCCCCCUCCUGAACGUCCCAAGACAGCCACCCUGGCCGCCCCGUGGAAGACCCCCCCAGCCGGACACCGCCUCGCAUCCUGCAGCUGCCCGCCAGAGCGGAAGCUAAAGGGGGCUUCUUGUCACGUGUUUAAACAUCGGCGAAGAUGCUCUUCUUAGAAGUACCUGUAGAUGUUCUAUACGCAUCCACGUGCUCACCAAUCAUAGUCCGUGCUUUUUACAGUAAGCGAGGUGUUGGCAGGCACGGUAGGGACACAGAGCAUCUGUAUCGUUCAAGACAGGUUCGAGACACUGGAAAGAUGCUUGUGUCGACAGACUGGAGCAGCCAAGUGGGAUUUUGGAGGACCGCGGGGGUGACAUUGGGACUGACGGCGGGGGGCCAGGGGGGCGGGGUGCUGACGAUGCCCCGGCCUCCCCGCGUCUUAGUGCGUAUUUAAAAUAGUAAGUAAGAGGCAGCAUGGGCAUUCAGGUGCUGUGGAAGCAGGCUCGAAGGGGUGGCGGGGGUGCCGGGUGACGAGGCCCUCCGUCUUCAGGGGUCCCACCGCCUGCCCCAGCUGAGUUCCCCUCCCGUCUGUGCCCAGUGAACCCAGAAGAGGUGACACGGCCAUGGGAAGGCUUUGAUUGUGUUUCGGGAAAGAGCGCUAGUUGAACACUAAGAAAAGCAGGCUUCUUUGUUUAUUCUCAGGACCUUCUGGUAACAGGGCUACAUUCUGCAAACUGCUUACAACAGAAGACUGCCCGUCUUAACAAAUGAUCUAGCCACUGAACCCCUCCACCCCCGACCCGGACCCUUUGACUCAAGCGGGAGAACCCCUGGAGCAGGUGGGGGGCCAGGUCACCCCUGGGUCCUGGCGCUCUGGGGUCCUCCUGCCCCCCCACCUUCCCGUCCAUAUGUCCCAGCAAGUAGGCGUCUUUUCUUCUCGGGCCUGGGGGCCUCCACUCGCGAGUCCCCUCGUUCCCAGACCGGGGAAGCCCCCAGGCCCGUGGGUGGGGGCGGCUUUAUAUACCUCUUCCUCAGUCACACAGAGGCAAGUUUUAGCGGGGGGUUAAGGCCCGUAAGAAAGGAUCUUAAGCCUUGCAGUGUAUGCAGUUAAAAUUGUAUUCCGCAGAGAUACAUGUUUUCUUUUCCCAUCGCCAUGACACUGUGUGUGAUGGCGGGGUUUCUGAGAUGUUCAGGUUUUUGCACAUAGUGAUCUUAUGCAUUAUCACAAGUUACUGCUGCCUUGAAUGAAAAUGUUCUGUGAAAUUUUUUGCAAAAGCUUUACUAGGUUUUUUUUUUUUUUAAUUGUGAAAUUUUGUAAAGGCAGGAAACGGAUUAAAACGAGCAUGCUAAAUAUAUUUUUCAAAAAAGCAAUAAUUUUACAUGUACAGAAAUUAUCCUAACCUUUAAAACUGGUGAGAGCGACAGUUUACUUAAUACAGUAAUGGAUUAGUGCAGUUUUUGUAGAAAUGGGCUUCUGAUACAAAGAGUUGUUUAAAUACACACACACAC